GAAUAUCUCAAACUUCUCACUGUAUUUGCUAGUUUCGAUUUUCGAACACUACCAUGGCGGAGGAAAUUGGAGAACUGAAUAUUCACAACUGCUCCAACUCUAUCGUCAACUCCUUCGAUUCCCAGAUUCCAGGUUCCUCAUACUCGCUUUCACUCCCUUCUGAGCCUCCCGACAUCAGAAACUGGUUCUCGAGUUAUGUGUAUGAAUCUCCGGGUUCAAUUAACGAGGAUUUUAGUUAUGAGGGGAUUGGAAGUCAGAAAGAUAAGGGUUUUGCUUUCGAGGAGACCAGCGGAGGGAAAGAGAAUGGUUUGGGGAAAUUUAAGAAGAGAGACGAAGGGGUUUCUGUAGUAGGUGAAGGUGGGUGGAAAUGUUUAAAUGGGUUUGCUGAAUGCAGGAGAUUAGUCAGGAAUGACGAGCAGGAAAACCAAUCAGCAAACAAGGGAAACCAUUUGGUUGAAAGUACUACUGGCCUAUUAUUUAGCGAGAUCGGUGAAGAUGAAAAAUUGAGCGACCAACAAGUGCACGCCCAUAACUUUGGUGAAAGAGCAAGAUUCAAAGGUGGGGAUUCCCUGCAAAGGCUGCAAGGAAUAUUAGAGGAAGAACACAGUCUUCUGUUAUCGAAUAUCAACAAAAGUUCAAGCAUAAACCAUGGGAAAUCUUCACGAGAUUUGCUUGAGCGUAGGUACUCCAAAGAAGAAAGCUUGGGAGCCAAAGUUUCAACAGAACAACUCGGUUAUAUAUCGUCAGAAGCUAAUGUUAAUGAGAGAGGAAUUAGUGGAGCUUCUACCAAGGAAUCAAAUCCAACAAGCAGUGAUAAAGAAAAUCAAGGAACAUAUAUUGCCAAUGAUGGUUUCAUUUCAACAAGGAAGAACAGAAGUACAAGGCAAAUUGAUGGAAAUUCUAUGAAAAGGAAACAAGAAGUGAAUGUUGAGUGUUCUAGAACUGUGUCUAUGGCGUCCCCAGUUGGUGGUGAUCAUUCUGAAGCAGGAAGAAAGCCUUUAUCAGAAAGGACUAAUUUUCAGAGUGAGGCCGUGACCGGAAUUGUUGGAAAAUGGAGAUGCCCCCAGGAAAGGAAGUCAAAUCUUGGGCCUCCUUUGAAGCAGCUUCGACUUGAACAAUGGGUUCAUCGUGUCUAAAAGCAUGAUUCACUGGAAAUGAGUGACCUCAGAAAUUUAUCAAGGAUUGAUGAGAAUCACUGGUUAAUCGCUUAAUUCAGCUAGUAAGCCGCACCCCAUCAAUCAAAUGGUGCAUAUUUGGUUCCUGUAAGUUGUAAGCAAGCAUAUUGUAAGACAACGAGUUAAGGGAAAUCUGUUGGGAUUUAAUGAUCACAAUCGGUCUGCUUCAGAAAAAGAAAAAUGGAAAUUUCAGAAAACAGAACAUUCAAAAUAAUGUCUUCUCUUAACGUGGAGUGCAGACCAAAAAGACCUUUCAAGAUGGAAGUGAUUUUUCUCCCAUGAACAAAACCAUCUCUUCCGUUUCUCUUCCAUGUGACCCUCAACAUGAUAUCAUGAUACCAACUUAUCAAGGCACAACUCUGGAAGAGCUCAUAAGAGAGCCUUUGAAAAAAAGCUUUGCAUCCACAUUCCGGGGCAACUUAUGGGUUGUGCCUUGUUCCCUAGCAUGGGAUGGUCUCUAGCUUUCACAAACUGUUUGGCUGCUAGUCUGCAGCAAUCCCCUCGUGUCUUCCAAAAUUUCAGCCACUUCCUCUGUGUCUGCUACAGUUGUUCUUAGGCCUUAAAUGGUACUACAGCUCUCACUUCUUGGUUUGCUUUGGAGUUUGGCGGAAGAACACCUCCUUGAGGCGCAGAAAAUAACCCUCUAGUAACCAUGGCCAGAUGAACACUCCUCUAUAUCCAUGGUCUAAAUAUUUUUUUGUUCAUUGAUACUCUCCUCAAUCACCCCCUAUGGAACUGAAUUUUGAUGGUCUUGUCAAGGAGCUAUCAUUACCAGGCCCAGUCCUGCUAAUAUUUCGAGCAUUAUAUUUUUGGUGGAAGCAUUUGUGAAGUAAGUUACUAGAAGCAAAAAAGCUGGAUUUCUCUUAUAUUAUUUGGGUGAAACUGGAAGUUGAUUCCCAGUUGGGAUCCCCCAUGCUUCUCGAUCUACUACAAAGGCAUUUUACACUACUUGUAACUGGAGAUCUAGUACUUUUAUGCAUUGCUGAUGUGUUUAUUCAUGGGUUAUGUAGCCUAUUGACUGUUGUACAUGAUUUGUUUUACUCUGGAUCCAGUGCAUUUGGAUUCGAAGGGAUUCUCCCUUCAAGUUCACUCAUUUUGCGUGUUUACUCCUUAAA